AUGAUGAGCUUUUUGUUAAAACUUUUCAAAUUAGAUAGGAAAACUUCAGUCUCUACGAUGCCUAGUGAUAAGUCUCCAUACAACAAAUGGACCAAAGAACAACUAAUCGAGCGGUUAUUGCAAUUGGAAAAAAAAAUUAAUGAAAACAGUAUAGAAGAAGCCUCGACAAAAAAUACUGUUGGAGCACGUAAAAGGGCAGCUGAUAAUAACGGUUCAGAAAACGAAAGAAACAGCGUUAAAAAAACCAAAAAGAGCAGGGAAUUUGACUUCUCAAAGUACAACACUAGAUUUGUGGCCUUCAGAUUUGCAUACUUGGGAUGGAACUAUAAUGGUUUGGCUAUUCAGAAAGACAAGACACCUCUGCCUACCGUGGAAGGAACAAUUUUGGAGACGAUGGUUAGAUGCAAACUCGUUCCUUCAAUGGUUCCCCAGGAAUAUAAAUUUAGUAGGUGUGGACGGACAGACAAAGGUGUUAGCGCAAUGAAUCAAGUCAUCUCUUUGAAAGUUCGCUCUAACUUGACACCAGAACAACAACUAGAUCCGAGCUACGAUGACCAGGAAAUUCAGUAUGUUAAUAUUCUUAACCAGCUAUUGCCUGAAGACAUAAGAGUUUCGGCUGUUUGUCUACGACCACCAAAAGGAUUUGACGCGAGAUUUAGUUGUAUCAGUCGUCACUAUAAAUACUUAUUCAGUCCUGAAGGGCUUGAUCUUGAUAAAAUGAAAAGAGCUGCCAAGCACUUUGAGGGUGAGCAUGAUUUCAGAAACUUCUGUAAAUUAGACGGCUCAAAGCAAAUAACUAACUAUAAGAGAACUAUUAUCAGCGCGAAAAUUACAAAAAUUAAUGAAGACAUAUACUGUUUUGACUUAAUUGGAAGUGCUUUCCUUUGGCACCAAGUUCGGUGCAUGAUGGCCAACUUAUUUUUAGUAGGACAAGGAUUGGAAGAGGAUACUAUCAUCUUGGAAAUGCUAAAUGUAGAAGAUAUGCCUAGAAAGCCCAUCUAUGAGAUGGCUUCCGAUAUUCCACUAGUUUUAUACGAUUGUAAAUUCCCUGCCAUGGAGUGGAUUAUACCAGAUCAAACCACUGACAAGGCAUCUCGAUCAUCGGCCGUUGUGAAUUCAGUUGAGCUAAAUUACAAACUUAAAGCUUCUGUGUCAAUGAUGUACCGUGAUAUCCUUCCGAAAGCGGAAAUUAAGAAUAAAACUGUCAUCAAUGUUGGUGAUGGUAUCGGUAAGGUUGUUAAUGUCUAUCAAAAAUUAGCAGAUCGUAGUCUAAUGGAUUCUUUUGAAGUAGUGAAUGAAAAAUAUCGUCAACGUAAGAUACGCAACCCAAAAGAAGUUAAAUCCUCAACCUAA